AUGGUUGUCAAUGCUUCUGGUUUCUCCAACUUGAACAUAGAGACACUGACAGGAGGUAAUUUCAAGAAAUGGGAAGACGACCUCAAGAUUGUGCUAGGACUGAUGGACUAUGACAUAGUCUUACGAGAGGAGGAACCUGCUCCAAUAACUGAAGCAAGCACCGAUGAGCAAAAGAAGAAGUUCAAAAAAUGGGAAAAGGUCAACAGAAUGGCCCUACUCAUAAUGAAGAAAUCUGUGGCAGAAUCUGUGCGAGGGGCUAUUCCUAGCGGAGACAAAGCCAAGGCCUUUCUUGAAGCAGUGAGAGAGAAAUUCAAGGAGUCUAAGAAAGCUGAAGCUACUAACCUGAUGCACGCUUUCAGCAACUUGAAAUAUGAUGAACGCAAAGGUGUGAGGGUACACAUUCUGAAACUCAUUGAAAUAGCAAGCAAACUGAAUGGUUUGGCUGUUCCAGUGCCAGAGCCUCUCCUUGUCUAUCAAGCACUCCACUCACUACCACCUAAGUUUGCAUAA